UUGUUUGGUGGCUAACAAAGUUAAAAAAAAGAUGGGUUUGUCUUGCUUACCGCUUUCACCCGCAAAUGGUCCUAUUCCUAACAGGGAUGUCGCAUUCAAGAUACCGGAUAACUGUGACGAAUGUAAGAAAAUUAUGACUGAAACCAUACCCAAAUUCAAAGGAGUUGCAUCAUGUGUGACGGAUACUAAGAACCAAAAGAUUGUGGUCACUGGGAGUUUUAACGAGGAGAAGUUGUUGAAAAAACUCAAGAAAGUAACAUGUGAAGACGUGGAGAUUGUGGUCAAAAGUGAGAAGAAGGGUGAUGAGCGUACUGAAUUGGAGAAGUUUCUGAUGAUGUUCAGUGAUGGAAAUCCCAACGCCAAAUGUACUAUUUCGUAAUGUGUAGUUUCGUCAAAAUAGACCUUUUUACAGGUUUUGUGGCAUCAAGUUUCAUAUCAUUUUCGAGAAAAACAAAAAAAACAAGUCUAUUGCAUUGCAUGAACUAUAAAUCACAUAUAUUAAC